AUGUCGCAAAAUGGUCUCGCGUUCAACUGCGCCGUCAUCACCGGUGGAGGUGGCGGUAUCGGCCGUGCACUAGCCGAGUACUUGAUCUCAAAGGGCAAAAAGGUUCUUCUUGCUGGACGAACUGAAUCGAACCUCAAGUCUACGACUCAGGAAAUCGGCGCCGCUGGUUAUUAUGUCCUCGACACUGGCAAGACAGCCGAUAUUCCUGCAUUCGUUAAGAAAAUCACCAGCGAGCACCCUGAGCUCGACUGUCUUAUCAACAACGCUGGUGUUCAGCGCCCAAUUGACGUUCUAAAGAACGAUGAUUUCCUCGAAAAGGCCGAUCAAGAGAUUGACAUCAACAUCCGCGGACCAAUGCAUCUCUCACUCGCCUUGAUUCCUCACUUCAAAUCCAAGCCCAACGCUCUUAUCGUCAACAUAACCAGCGGUCUCGCUUACAUCCCCUUCAACGUCAUCAACCCCGUAUACAACGGUACCAAAGCCUGGCUGCACUUCUUCUCCAUGAAUCUCCGCACUCAACUCAAGAAUACCAAGAUCCGCGUUGUUGAGAUUGCCCCUCCGAUGGUGGAGUCGAAUCUUCAUCGUGAGAGGGAGAAUCCUGACGAUAAUAAGAAGGAACAUGCGCCGCAUACAUUGACGAUGGAGGAGUUUAUGGGAGAGAUCGUGCCCAAGUUUGAGAGGGGUGAUGAUACGAUCGGGGCGGGUAUGGCAGCCAAGGCUAUUGAUACGUGGUAUGGGGCUUUUGGGGGCCUGUAUGAAGGUGCUGCUAAAUCAUACAUUUAA